GUUAUCGUAAACCUUUUCUUUGGAUAGAUCGUUACCGUAGACCUCUAGUCACACACCACCGUGUUUUGCCCUCGUAUAUAAUGAUUACUGCGUUUUAGGGUUUUCCCAGCAUUUGAGCCACUCAUCGGUAAAGUGCGAGCAACAGUGUAGCAGACGAGCUUGAAAACGAGGGUUUCACGUUUCAGGCUCCCCCUCUCUCUCUACAGCCAUGUUGAUCCCCAAGAAGAACCGUAAUGAAGUUUACAAAUAUUUGUUCCAAGAGGGUGUUCUCUAUGCUAAGAAGGACUUUAACCUUGAAAAGCACCCCGAUAUCGAUGUUCCCAACCUCCAUGUUAUCAAGCUGAUGCAGAGCUUCAAAUCAAAGGAAUAUGUGCGGGAAACAUUUGCUUGGAUGUAUUAUUACUGGUACCUCACCAAUGAUGGCAUUGAGUAUUUGAGGACUUAUUUGAAUCUCCCUUCUGAGAUUGUGCCUGCUACUCUGAAGAAAUCUGUUAAGCCAGUUGGGAGGCCCCUUGGUGGUCCAGGUGGUGAUAGACCAAGGGGUCCUCGCUUUGAGGGUGAAAGGCCUCGAUUUGGUGACCGUGAUGGAUACCGAGGAGGCCCUCGUGGCCCACCAGGGGAAUUUGGCGACAAGGGAGGAGCUCCCCCUGAAUUCCAGCCAUCAUUUAGAGGACCUGGUGGAAGGCCUGGGUUUGGACGUGGGGGUGGUGGUUAUGCUCCAGGUGGAUCAUCGGCACCCUCAUUUGAAUAGAGCCUAUUCACCUUCCAUUUCUCUUCUUUCUCUAGCAAAGCCUAUCAAAUGGACAGAAAUUUUAAAAUUUUGCUAUGACAAUCCGUGUUUACAUUAUUAUUAUUAUUUUUUUUGACAUCACAUGACCUGAAUUUUGAGUCCCUGGAAGGGCACAAAUUGUCUCUUAUCUGUGAGGCUUUUUCUAUUCUGUUUGCUUACAAAAAGACUCAUCUUGUAUUGUGCCCAUGAACCUACUCCAUGACUGAAAACCCCGGGCCCCCAAAUUUUGAUGGGUGAAUUAUGAGUGCUAGGGCUACACCAUGCCGUUCGGUUGGCUUGUUACAUUCUUCAA